AUGUCCAACAUCCUUAGACGGGCUGCUAACGCUGCUCAAAAUGUCUCUCGCUCCCGUUUAUUCUCAUCCUCUGUCGCUGCGCGAAAAGACCUUGUCCAAGACCUUUAUUUGAAGGAAAUCAAAGGAUACAAGGCUCCGCCGGUCGCCAAGGAUGCUCACGUUGGUGUUGUCAAGUCCUACUCCGUGCCCCCAGCACCGAAAGCCCCUUCGCUUCCUUCCGAUAUCGCGUCUGAACUGGCUGCAUACGAUACAUCUGAGCCUGUUUCAGUCUCCCAGCCUGCUGCACCACAGACCUCGGGGAGUGAAGAAACGGUUAGCGGCGCCGAUGCGUACCUCAGUUUUCUUGAGCAGGACCUACCCAAACCCGAGGCGCACCACCACUGA